AUUGACAUCAUUCGAUAUUAAUGAAACUAAAUUUGAUCAUACAUACAAAAAGAUCUCUUUAUCCAAAUAUAAUUGAUAAGUAAGUGAGCAAGGCACCGGCUAUCAUUCCAAUUAGUUCAUUUUAAACCAACAAAAUAUAAUAAUAAUAAUAAUAAUAAAACUAAAAAGAGAAAUUUACCUCGAAAAGUUUAUGGAGCAAACACCGUAAUUUCAGUCCAUAAUUGUUCCUCGAAAUUCUCAAUUCCUUGCUCUGAGCUGUUCUCCUCUUCCUCCUUCAAAAUCAAAUUAAUCAACCAUUCCAUUGAGUUUCUCAGUACCAGAAAUUAUUACUACUUUCAUGAACUUCAUGGCGUCCUUACCGCUUUCCGCCAUCUCCGGCCACCGGAAUCUCACAUUUCCAUGGCCACUACUCCUCCUACUGACAGCAAUACUUUCACCUAAUUCUCUCACAUUCGCCUCGCCUUGCCGGGCCUCCUGCGGCAACAUUCCGAUCAAAUACCCCUUCGGAAUCGACGACGGCUGCGGAGCGCCUCAAUUCCGCCGCAUGUUCAACUGCUCUACAGAUCUCUUCUUCCUCACUCCCUCCGGCAGUUACAAAGUCCAAUCCAUCGAUUACGACAAGCAAUCCAUGGUGAUCUACGAUCCAGCGAUGUCGACUUGCUCAAUCCUCCAACCGCACCACGAUUUCAUCAUGACCGACAUCCAAUCGAUCAUCAUUCCGCCGUCGCCAGACACCGUCUUCGCUCUCCUCAACUGCUCGAUCGACUCUCCAAUCCUGAACCACUACAAGUACCUCUGCUUCAAUUUCUCAGGCCAUUCCUGCGAUGAACUGUACGGGGCUUGCAAUGCGUUCCGAGUGUUCCAUCUGUUGACGAACAGUAGUUCGCCGCCGUGCUGUUUCACUGGAUACGAUACGGUGAAGUUGAUGAGUAUGAACAUUCUGGAUUGUUCGCAUCACACGACGGUGUUGAAUUCGGAGAAUCUGAAAGGCGUUGGAGCUUUGGAUUGGGAAUACGGGAUGAAAUUGAGCUUUUCGGUAGCGGAUUUGGGAUGCGAUCGGUGUGCGAAAUCGGGAGGAAGUUGUGGAUUUGAUACUGAAACGGAAGGAUUGUUGUGCCUUUGCUCUGUUUCUUCCAAUCAUACUAGGGAUUGCGUUGGUGGAAACAUUAUCAGUGGAGGACCAAAUCAGGCAUCGGUUGUAUUCAUCGGAGAAUUCAUAUUUCUUUUCUUAAGCAUUCUUAACAUAACUCUAAGUCAGUAUUGAAAUAUAUUAUUUAAAACA